AUGAACAGCAGCAGCAGCAGCAACGGCGACUCUGAAGAGCAGCAGCAGCAGCAGCAGCAGCAGCAGCUGGAGUCAGUGGGGCCGGCGGGCGCGGGCGAAAGCCCGUCGCGGGGCGCCCACAGCAGCAGCACACCAGCAGCAGCAGCAGCAGCAAGUGGUGCUUCAGAAGCAGCAGCAGCCGUGUCUGCUGCUGGGGUGGCUGCGUCUGUUGCCACAGCCGCAGCAGUUUCUGCGGCUGCAGCAACGGAGAGCAGCAGUGCUGCAGCAGCAGUAGCAGACUGCGACGGGGGGCAGGAAGAUGCAGCAGCAGCAGCAGCAGCAGAAGAUGACGCUGCUGCUGCUGACGCUGCUGCUGAGGAGGACCUUUUUACCCCUGAGGUGGGGCCUGACGAGCUGCUGCUGACGCCGGAAGCAGCAACAGAACCUGCAGCAGCAGCAGCAGCAGCAGCAGCAGGCGGGGGCGGCGGCGAGGCUUCGGGAGGCGGCGACGCAGCAGCAGAGGAGCAGCAGCAGCAAGGGGGUGGUUCUGCUGCUGCUGCUGGCGAUGUGAUGUACGGCCCGUACUUGCCUGCGUCUGCUGCAGCAGCAGCAGACGGAGCAGCAGCAGCAGCAGAGGCAGCAGCAGCAGCAGGAAGCGGGCUGGGGGCGGACUGCGGGCUAGAGGGCUCGUUGGAAGCGGGUUCGGGGCCCGGGCUGCUGCAGCAGCAGCAGCUGCAGCAGCUGCUGCUGCAGCACGACGAAUACGAAGAGGAGCAGCAGCAGCAGCACAACAAAGUUUGGUCUUCUUUAGUUUAUGGCUGCCGCUCUGUCAGCUCUUUUAAAAAGUUAAAUAAAAUCAGCGAAGGCACUUACGGCGCUGUCUUCAGGGCCCUCGACCUCGCCACCCACGAAAUCGUAGCGCUGAAGCAGGUGAAGUACCACGCGAAGCUGUGGUCUGAGGGUUUCCCAGUGACCUCUUUGCGGGAAAUUUCGAUUUUGUUGGAAUUGAAUCAUCCCAACGUUUUGAAUGUGCAGCAGGUGGUCGUGGGCAGCGGCCAGCAGCAAGUUUUCAUGGUGAUGGAGUACAUUGAGCACGAACUCAAAACCCUCAUGGAUGAAAAGCCGGAGUUCACAACUGCUGAAAGAAAAUGUCUUUUGAAACAACUGCUGGAGGCGCUGGCUUACCUGCAUGCAAAUUUUGUCUUUCACCGCGACGUAAAGCCCAGCAAUUUGCUGUACUCCAACAAGGGGGUGCUCAAAAUGGCCGACUUUGGCAUGGCCAGAAAGUUCGGGAUUCCCCCAGGACACAAAAAGUACACCAAAGAAGUUGUCACCCUCUGGUACAGACCCCCGGAAAUCCUCCUGGGGCAAACCCUCUACAGCGCCAAGUGCGAUGUUUGGGCCGUCGGUGAGUGCAGCAGCAGCAGGAGCAGCAGCAGCAGCUGCAGCAGCAGCAGCAGCAGCGGCGCUGCAGCUGCAGCAGCAGUAGUGGGGGAUAUAGUACUAGCGGUAAUGGUAGCAGUGGCAAACUCUCUACAGCACCGAGUGCGUUGUUUGAGCCGUCGGUGA